AUGACUAAGAAGGCAGUGUUGAUAGGGUGCAACUAUCCAGGAACAAAGGCUGAGCUAAAUGGGUGCAUUAACGAUGUAUGGAGGAUGCAUGAAUGUCUCAUUCGCAAUUAUGGAUUCUUAGCCGAAGAUAUCACAGUUCUCAUUGACACGGAUUGUUCUUAUACACAACAUUCUGGCAAGAACAUUCGAUUCGCCAUGUCUAGGUUGGUUCAGUCGGCUCAGCCCGGUGACGUGCUAUUUAUCCACUACAGCGGUCAUGGCACUCGUCUCCCUGCCGAAAUCGGAGAUGAUGAUGAUACAACUGGAUAUGAUGAAUGCAUUGUUCCCACAGAUAUGAAUCUCAUCACUGAUGAUGAUUUCAGGGAAUUUGUAGCAAAGGUACCUGAGAAUUGUAGGAUCACAGUCGUAUCAGAUUCUUGUCAUAGUGGUGGAUUGAUUGAAUUAGCAAAGGAACAAAUAGGAGAGAGCACACAUGAAGAAGCACCAAUUUCAUCACUAGGCUUCAAAAACAUUCUUCACAGAACUAGGGAAGAUACACUAGAAUCUCGUGAUAUUGAGGACGAACAUGGUGGACUUCAUCAUGGGAACCACAACUAUGUGAAGAAUAGGUCUCUUCCUCUUGCAACUCUUAUUGACAUACUAAAGGAGAGAUCUGGGGAAGAUGAUGUAGAAAUUGGAAAGAUACGGCAUACACUAUUUCAUAUCUUCGGCGAAGAUGCUAGUUCUAAAGUGAAGAGCUUCAUUAAGUUUUUCUUGAACAAGUUUCAACAGGGAUGUGGUGAGAGUGAGGGUCAUAAUGGGAUUUUCGGGAUGGUGAAAAACAUUACCCAAGGAUUUCUCAACUAUAAGCUUGAUGAUAGUGAUGAGGAGAACGGAGAUUCUACCAACCAUAAAACUGUGGAGAAUGGAAUUUUACUGAGUGGUUGCCAAACUGACCAAACUUCUGCAGAUGCAAGCCCUGGUGGAAAUUCUGAAAAAGCUUAUGGGGCUUUUAGCAAUGCCAUACAAGGUAUAAUUGCAGAAACUGGUGGUGUAGUUACAAAUAGACAGCUUGUGUUGAAGGCUAGGAAGAAACUCCAUAGGCAGGGUUACACUCAGAAGCCUGGACUUUAUUGCAGUGAUGACAGUGCCAAUGCUCCUUUUGUGUGCUCAUUUGAUCGAGAGUGAUACAUAAUAUGUUGAUUUUAAAGUACUUUUAUGAGUUUCAAACAAUCAAUAAAUAGUUACCAUAUGAUGGAGCAUAUGAUUUUAAAUAAAUAAUGUGUACUAUGAUGCAA